CCGGGAAGGUGGCCGAGCGCCCCUGUUGCCGGAGACCCUUCCCAGUGGUCCCUCGGGGCGCCAGCUCCAGUCCUGUUUGCCCCCCACCCCCCUUUUCGUAGGGAUCGCCUUUUUUUUUUUUUUUUUCCUCUGCGGCGGCGGAAAUGACAGUGUGGUGCUGCCGCGGUGUCAUGGUGCUGCCCCUGGACUAAAGGGCGAAAACUCUUUAAGUUUGGCUCGGGAGACCCAGCUGCGGUAGCGUCGCAGCCGCCGUGCUGUCCCUGGCGGGGCGCGCGGGCGGGCGGAUCCCGGCUGCUGCGCCGCGGCGGCGGCGAAGGCGGGCGGCGGCCUAGAGCAGCAGCGGCGGCGGCGCGGCGGCCCCAGGAGCUGGCGCCGGAGCCCGAGCCAGCUCCCGGCGGAGGCAGGCGAGCGCCGGGCGUCCUCGGGCGCGCCGAGGAGAUGGCUGGCACCCCAGAACGCUAUGGGUGAAAGCCCAGCCUCUGUGGUUCUUAAUGCCCCAGCAGGAUUAUUUUCACUAAAGAUGGAAACACUGGAGUCCGAAUUGACCUGUCCAAUCUGCCUGGAGUUGUUCGAGGACCCCCUGCUGCUCCCCUGUGCCCACAGCCUCUGCUUCAGCUGUGCCCACCGCAUCCUGGUCUCGAGCUGCAGCUCUGGUGAAUCCAUUGAACCCAUUACUGCUUUCCAGUGUCCUACGUGCAGGUAUGUUAUCUCGCUGAACCACCGGGGCCUGGACGGCCUCAAGAGGAAUGUGACUUUGCAGAACAUCAUCGAUCGCUUCCAGAAGGCUUCCGUCAGUGGGCCCAAUUCCCCAAGUGAGAGCCGCCGGGAGAGGACUUAUAGGCCCAGCACGGCCAUGUCGAGUGAGCGAAUUGCUUGCCAGUUCUGCGAGCAGGACCCGCCAAGGGAUGCAGUGAAAACAUGCAUCACCUGUGAGGUCUCCUACUGUGACCGUUGCCUGCGGGCCACACACCCCAACAAGAAACCUUUCACCAGCCACCGCCUGGUGGAACCAGUGCCCGACACGCAUCUCCGAGGGAUCACCUGCCUGGACCAUGAGAAUGAGAAAGUGAACAUGUAUUGUGUUUCCGAUGACCAAUUGAUUUGUGCCUUAUGCAAACUGGUGGGACGUCACCGAGACCAUCAGGUCGCGUCCCUGAAUGACCGAUUUGAGAAACUCAAGCAAACUCUGGAGAUGAACCUCACCAACCUGGUUAAGCGCAACAGUGAACUAGAAAAUCAAAUGGCCAAACUAAUACAGAUCUGCCAGCAAGUUGAGGUGAAUACUGCUAUGCAUGAGGCAAAACUCAUGGAAGAAUGUGACGAGCUGGUAGAGAUCAUCCAGCAGAGGAAGCAAAUGAUCGCUGUCAAAAUCAAAGAGACAAAGGUUAUGAAACUGAGAAAGUUGGCACAGCAGGUUGCUAAUUGCCGUCAGUGUCUUGAGCGCUCAACAGUCCUCAUCAACCAGGCUGAACAUAUCCUGAAAGAAAAUGACCAGGCCCGGUUUCUCCAGUCUGCAAAAAAUAUUGCCGAGAGGGUCGCUAUGGCAACAGCAUCUUCUCAAGUUCUGAUUCCAGACAUCAAUUUUAAUGAUGCCUUUGAAAACUUUGCUUUAGAUUUUUCCAGAGAAAAGAAACUGCUGGAGGGGCUAGAUUAUUUAACAGCCCCAAACCCACCAUCUAUCCGAGAGGAGCUCUGUACUGCUUCCCACGACACCAUUACAGUCCACUGGAUCUCAGAUGAUGAGUUCAGCAUCAGCUCCUAUGAGCUUCAGUACACCAUAUUCACUGGCCAGGCUAACUUCAUCAGUAAGUCAUGGUGUAGUUGGGGCCUGUGGCCAGAGAUAAGGAAAUGUAAGGAAGCAGUAAGCUGCUCAAGAUUGGCCGGGGCGCCACGAGGCCUGUACAAUUCAGUGGAUAGCUGGAUGAUUGUGCCCAAUAUUAAACAGAACCAUUACACAGUACACGGACUUCAGAGCGGGACCCGCUACAUCUUCAUUGUUAAAGCCAUAAACCAGGCAGGCAGCCGGAACAGUGAACCCACCCGACUAAAAACAAAUAGCCAACCCUUUAAACUGGAUCCCAAAAUGACUCACAAGAAGUUGAAGAUCUCCAAUGACGGGUUGCAGAUGGAGAAGGAUGAAAGCUCUCUGAAGAAGAGCCAUACCCCGGAGAGGUUUAGCGGAGCUGGGUGCUACGGGGCAGCAGGGAAUAUAUUCAUUGACAGUGGCUGCCACUACUGGGAAGUGGUCAUGGGUUCCUCCACCUGGUAUGCAAUUGGUAUCGCUUACAAAUCAGCGCCCAAGAAUGAAUGGAUUGGCAAGAACGCCUCCUCAUGGGUCUUCUCUCGAUGCAAUAGUAACUUUGUAGUGAGACAUAACAACAAGGAAAUGCUGGUGGAUGUGCCCCCACAGUUGAAACGUCUGGGUGUCCUUCUGGAUUAUGACAACAACAUGCUGUCUUUCUAUGACCCAGCUAACUCUCUCCAUCUUCAUACUUUUGACGUGACCUUCAUUCUUCCAGUUUGUCCAACAUUCACAAUCUGGAACAAAUCCCUAAUGAUCCUGUCUGGCUUGCCUGCCCCAGAUUUUAUUGAUUACCCUGAGCGGCAGGAAUGCAACUGCAGGCCUCAAGAAUCCCCUUAUGUUUCUGGGAUGAAAGCUUGCCAUUAAGUUUUCAGAGAGCCUAUAAUUCACUGGCUCUCCAGUCCAGCAGGUCUUCCCCUCCUAAACCUCAGUUAGUGUCCAAUAUACAAAAUACAAAAUAAAGUUCAUCUGAAGCAUCCAAAAUAA